AUGAUGGAAAACAAAGAGGAGGACGUGCGAGUCGGAGCCAACAAGUUCUCCGAGAGGCAGCCGAUCGGGACGGCGGCACAGAGCGAGGACAGGGACUACAAGGAACCGCCGCCGGCGCCUCUGUUCGAGCCGGGGGAGCUGACCUCGUGGUCGUUUUACAGAGCCGGGAUAGCCGAGUUCAUGGCCACCUUCCUCUUCCUCUACAUCACUAUCCUGACGGUGAUGGGAGUUAGCAAGUCCGACUCCAAGUGCUCGACGGUUGGGAUACAGGGCAUCGCCUGGGCUUUUGGCGGCAUGAUCUUUGCCCUUGUCUACUGCACAGCCGGGAUCUCUGGUGGUCACAUUAAUCCAGCAGUGACGUUCGGGCUGUUCCUUGCCAGAAAACUGUCUCUGACCCGGGCAAUAUUCUACAUGGUGAUGCAGUGUUUGGGGGCCAUCUGUGGUGCUGGUGUGGUGAAGGGCUUCGGUCAGAGGCUUUACCAGAGCAAUGGCGGAGGGGCAAACGUUAUGGCCCACGGAUACACCAAGGGCUCUGGCCUUGGGGCCGAAAUUAUCGGUACAUUUGUACUUGUUUACACUGUUUUCUCAGCCACCGAUGCCAAACGCAGUGCCAGGGACUCUCAUGUUCCGAUAUUGGCACCAUUGCCUAUUGGGUUCGCUGUUUUUUUGGUGCAUUUGGCAACCAUCCCGAUCACAGGCACGGGUAUUAACCCUGCUAGGAGUCUUGGGGCAGCUAUCAUCUACAACGAGGAUCAUGCUUGGGAUGAUCAUUGGAUAUUCUGGGUUGGACCAUUCAUUGGGGCAGGACUUGCAGCUCUGUACCACGUUGUCAUAAUCAGAGCUAUCCCAUUCAAGUCCAAGUGA